AUGGCGUUCUUUAUCGAUGGAAAGGACUGCAUGGUAAGUCAUCUUCCCGUUUGCGACACACUGUGUUUCUGUUUUGUGCUUACGUCCCUCUGGAUCUCGGAAUGGAUCCUUCUGGCAGUAUCGUACAUCUUCGUCGGCCUCCGAAUCUACGCCCGUCUGUUCCGCGCUCGCGAGAAACUCGAUACUUCGGAUUGGCUUUUGGUCGUCUCAGCCAUCAACGCUCUGGCCCUCAUUAUCUGCGACACACUUACAUACCAGAUGGGCGUCUUGGAUGAAUACGAGACAUCAGUCAAGCUAUCAAAGAUUUCUUUUGCGUCGAACUAUUUCUACGAUUUCGGAAUGGGGUUUCCCAAACUGAGCAUGUUGGCCUUCUAUUGGGCAUACUUCCUACCCUCGAACGGUGUCAGUUCCGCCAUGCGAAAGACUUUAUACGGUAUCACUGCCUUUGUGUGUAUUUCAUACUUGGUCAUUCUCUUCGACGACACUUUCUUCUGUGGAAAGGAUGUUUCUGUUCAAUGGUCCCAAGAAGAGGGUGCUUGCAGUGUCUUUUAUGCACCUGAGCCCUUCAUUCUCAACUUCACUUUGAACUUGGCUUGCUAUUUCGCUGUCUACGCCCUUCCUCUGAUCCUUCUCAUCCAAGGAGUUCUCAAGUCAUCUACUGGUGUUACCGUUACCUUCAUUCUUGGAGCUCUGACGAUCUGUACUACCAUGGUUCGAUUCAUCACACUCAAGGUUGGCACUGGACAGGAAAACCUCGUCUAUCCGCUGAGUAUGCUGGAGAUGGCUCUUGCUAUCACUGUUGUUGCACUUCCUGGACUGAAGCCACUUGUGAACAGGCCAGUUAGACAUGAGACCGCGCAAGAAACCUUUGACACGAAGAACUAG